GCGGUGGCGGGAGGAUGCCUCGCACCCUGCCGGGGCGCCAACGGCCGCAACGAGCCCCGGGCCGCGCCAGGGCCGCCUGAGAGCGGAGCCUGCGCCGACCGAGGCCCAGGCCGGAUGGGCGCUGCGGGUUGGGGCGCGGACCGCCGACGGCGGUUGUGAGAUUUUCCUCUCAUCCCAGCUGUGUGGAUCGUGCCACACGCCGCCCAAACAACAACGGCUCUUGUGUGCAUUCUCCAGUGUUUCUUUUGUCACAGAGUCUGGCAGAGCCGCAGCUCUUCCAGCGUCAGCCCUGAGCUGAGUGAGGAACGUGCAGCAGACAUGGUGAAGAUGACCAAGUCCAAAACUUUCCAAGCCUAUCUACCGAACUGUCACCGAACGUAUAGCUGUAUCCACUGCAGAGCCCACCUGGCCAAUCACGACGAGCUGAUCUCUAAGUCCUUUCAGGGCAGCCAGGGUCGAGCCUACCUCUUCAACUCUGUGGUGAACGUGGGCUGUGGCCCAGCUGAGGAGAGGGUCCUUCUCACUGGACUGCACGCAGUCGCAGACAUCUACUGUGAGAACUGCAAGACCACGCUCGGGUGGAAAUACGAACAUGCCUUUGAGAGCAGUCAAAAAUAUAAGGAAGGAAAAUUUAUUAUUGAGCUUGCCCACAUGAUCAAAGACAACGGUUGGGAGUAAAGUGGAAAUGUUCCACUCUUUUGAAUACUGCUUUGUGAAAGAGACUGUGAAUGUAAUGGAGACAUAGAGCAUCCUGGACGGCAGUAUUUCUUGAACUUAACCUUGCAGGCUAGCCAAGCUGCGACACUCGAAGGCCUCUCUCGGCCAUCCCUGUGGGUAAGGUGUCCCUGAUCUGCGUCACUUCCCUGUAUGUGGUUGUUGCUGGAAGUUUUCAGUGUUUGUCGUUCUUUUUUUUUUCUUUAACUUCUCAAGCUCUAGAGAACAAAUGAACCAACUGGCUACUUGGCAAGUUAGCUCUCUUACCUGCUGUCUUCCUUGUAGUGUGGCUGUGCUUCAGUCAUGAGCAAACCAAGUCUGUCAGACCAUAGAGACAGGGGACAGGUCUCCUUCAGCAGCAAGUCUCACAUGUCUUUUUUUUUUUUUUUUUUUUUAGAGAAAAUACUAAAGUUUUCUCCCUAAUUCUUGAAACUACACAUCAGCUAUUCCUCCUGCAGAUGAACUGUGAAGGCACAGUAUUCAUUUAAAAAUCUUCUAGUAGCAGUCAACAAAUUUAUAUACAAAGGACAUUGUUUUUUAAAGCCUGUUGAAAACAGAGAACACCACUGGUAGCAUUUUAGAUAAGCUAUAAAUAGAGCAAUGUGUUAACAAAUGUCUUAUUUAUUUAUUUAAGCCAUGAUCUAGAAAGCAACUGAACUAGUCCCUAGAGAGGACCAUCCAAGGCCUGCAGAGGCUGUCUUGAGGAGACAGCCUCCUAGAUCUGGGCCUGAGGUUGUGCCCUUGGUGCUGACAGGAGCCUGCAUGUCCUGUGAUGCUGAGUGGCUGGUCCAUGAUGUUAGAGAAUAGCAUUCUGGACCAAGUGUAAGUCCAAUUUCAUUUUUGACCCUGGAUGUACUUGAAGAAAAAGAAUUAUUUUGCCUAUGAAAGAGGCCAGAACCAGCAGGAAAAAAAACCCUCAAAACUUGAGAUCUAUAUUUUAAAUUUUUUUCAGAAAAGGUCAAAGUUUCAAAGUAGGGUUAAAUACUGUAAAGAAGACAUUUGGUUUGCUGCAGGAGGUGCCCUCCCUGUCAGGUGGCCCCACACAGAGGGGCCUGCCUAUGCAGUCCCCUAGGGCCUGCAUUUCUGUCACAGAUUUUAAGUCAUGGCCUGCUAUCAGACCAGUUUGCAGAGAAUGAAGGCCACAAAACAUUCCCAAUGAAGUUUUGGUUUCCAGUAUUGUGUACCAACUCGGGGCAGAGGGACAAGAAAAAGGGCCAAGGGAGGCAGACAGACAGGACAGUCCCAGCCUGGCCGACAGCUAACACUGCUGUGGAUAAGGCUGGUCUAGUGGCAGUGAAAGCAAGCUGGCUGAGGAGCAGCAAGUGACUCCCCAUUCAGCUUUAGCUCCUCAUUUCCAGACCCAGCCCACAAGCUGUGGCCAUUAUAGGCACUCAGCUGCCACCUGGCUCCAACUCAGUGCUCAUCCCAAGCUUCCCUGUUGGUGCCAUUCCUUUACCCAAGGCUGUAAGCUUGGGAAGGUGGGGAGAGCCACUGCCUGGGCCCAGUGGGCUGGUGAGCACAGCACUGAGAUGCAUCAGCUCAGCAGGAGCGACAGUGGUGUUACUUUAAGCACAUCCUCACCUUAUAGUAGGCUCAGUUGGCCUGUAAGCCUCUCCCCUGUAGUCCAGCAGGCUGUUUUCUCAGAGCCAGUUCCCUGCAGGCAUACUGGCCUGGCUGUCCCCACAGUUCUGUUAGCAAAUGGCUUCCCUCAAGGAAUCACUCCAGCCAGCAGUGUUCCUGUGGCCACACCCUGCAAUCUGAGGACAGCACCUUCACUCCACUGGCUGAGAUGGGAAGGGUGAAAAGGCAGCUUCCUGACCGGAAUGAGCACCCGGCAGUGCAGGAUGGCUGAGAGUGAUGCUCCUUCCCUUCUUCAUCUGUCUUGAGUGGAACUCAGGCCAGAGCCUCAGAGGACCAAGGGCUCAUGGCGCCAUCAGCCUGCCCAGGUGUGAGGGCGGCCUGAGCAGCUUCCACAGAGACUUCACUGAAAUUGAAGAACAAAU